GGCAGCCAAGAGCUCGGCGGACGCAAAGGAGGAAGGAAGGAAGUGCGCGGCCCGAGCGCCUGGAGGGCGGUGUGCGGGGCAGGGUCGGGGCUCAGGGUUCGAGUGUGGACUACGAGGGCUGGAGGAGGUGGGGAGGUGACCCUGGGGCGCGGAAGGGGCGGGCCUGGUCGUUGCCCCGCCCGCCGCGCUCCGGCCGUUGUAGCCGCACCCAUCUGCGCCGCCCGGGGUGCAGGUGAGCGGGGGCGGCCCCCCACACCCCGUCGUCUCCCGGCGGAUGCCCGUCGGCCUCUGGAAACGUUGAGUUGGUGUCAGAGGGAGCCGCGGACGCUGACCUCGGGUUUUCCUUUAGAGACUGCGGGACUCCAGGGUAACCAGCCAUGCAGCCACGGCCCCUGUCUCUCUGGGACCCCUCCAAACCGGAACUAGAGCCGCUGCCGGGUUUCUUUCCUGUGCCUCGCCCGGUAACCUCUGACCUGGUAUCCCUGACACUGCGUGUUGCCAGCAGCCUGAGAAGGAGGCCUCGUCAGAGAGGGUCAGGCCACGGCCGCCCGUGAGAGCUGGCGAGGCCGCCGACUAUGCCGUCCGAGUCACUGUGCUUGCGACCUCCGCAGCAAUCUGAAGGCAGAAUGCUCAAGGGACAGCUCCCGAGCACAGACAAAGACCUCGCACAGAGCUCCGGCCCCGGGGCCCCGACCACCACCUGCUGUCAAGGCCCGGAGAAGAGCCCCGUACUUCCUUUUAGCAUUCCGGCCAAACUUAGCGGUGGGGACCCGCAAACUAAGGCAAAACCCAUCACCCCGCAUCCCCCUGCAAGGCCCAGGCUGGAGCGAGCCCUGUCCCUUGACGAUAAGGGCUGGAGAAGAAGGCAUUUUCAAGGCAGCCAUGAGGACCCGGAAGCCGGGAAUGAGGCUGGUCCCUCCAGGGGCUCCAAGCAGAGACAGGCACCCCUGGCCCCUGCCCACAGUCCCUCUCCACCCUGCCUGAGCACCUCCUUGCAGGAAAUCCCCAAGUGCCCCAGGACCCCAGGCAGUGAAGGUGGGAGCCUGUCCCCUGGGGGUAGGUAUCUGUCUGGGGUGCUCAGCGGCUCCCUGGACCUCCUGCACAGAGAAGAGCUCUGCCCCGAGGGCUCGACCAGGCUGGCCAGCCUGCUUCCCCCACGCCCACCUCCUGCUAUGGACCUGGACAUCACCUCUGACUCACUGAGGACAGCGAACAAGGUUGACACGGACCAUGCUGACUACAAGCGCCGCAUGCAGACCAGACUGGUACGGGCCCACAGCAGCCUGGGCCCUGGACGGCCACGGAGCCCCCUGGCCUGCGACAGUUGCUCCCUUCGCUCAGCCAACUCUGCCUUCAGUCUCCUGACGCCCAUCCGCACCAAGGAUGUCCGGAGCAGGAGCUACCUGGAGGGGAGCCUCCUGGCCAGUGGGGCCCUGCUGGGGGCCGAAGAGCUGGCUCGCUACUUCCCAGACCGGAACAUGGCCCUCUUCGUGGCCACCUGGAACAUGCAGGGCCAGAAGGAGCUCCCGCCGAGCCUGGAUGAGUUCCUGCUUCCUGCGGAGGCAGACUACGCCCAAGACCUGUAUGUGGUCGGGGUGCAGGAGGGCUGCUCUGACAGGCGGGAGUGGGAAACUCGUCUGCAGGAGACACUGGGCCCCCACUAUGUGCUGCUGUCCUCGGCGGCCCACGGGGUGCUCUACAUGUCACUGUUCCUCCGCCGGGACCUCAUCUGGUUCUGCUCAGCAGAGGUGGAGUCCUCCACGGUGACCACACGCAUCGUGUCUCAGAUCAAAACCAAGGGGGCCCUGGGCGUCAGCUUCACCUUCUUCGGAACCUCCUUCCUGUUCAUCACCUCGCACUUCACCUCUGGAGACGGGAAGGUGGCAGAGCGGCUGCUGGACUACACCAGGACCGUGCAGGCCCUGACCCUGCCCAGGAAUGUGCCAGACACCAAUCCCUACCGCUCCAGUGCAGUGGACGUCACCACCCGGUUUGACGAGGUGUUCUGGUUUGGAGACUUCAACUUCCGCCUGAGUGGUGGGCGUGCCGCUGUGGAUACUCUCCUGCUGCAGGGUGCAGAGACAGACGUGCCAGCGCUGCUGCAGCAUGAUCAGCUUACCCGAGAGAUGAGGAAAGGGUCCGUCUUCAAGGGCUUCCAGGAGCCGGACAUCCACUUCCUGCCAUCAUACAAGUUUGACAUCGGGAAGGACACCUACGAUAGCACCUCCAAGCAGAGGACCCCCUCCUACACGGACCGGGUCCUGUACAGAAGCCGCCACAAGGGUGACAUCUGUCCAGUGAAGUAUUCUUCCUGCCCUGGGAUCAAGACUUCGGACCAUCGCCCUGUGUACGGCCUGUUCCGGGUGAAAGUGCGGCCGGGACGUGACAACAUCCCUCUGGCUGCCGGCAAGUUUGACCGAGAGCUGUACUUGAUAGGAAUUAAAAGGCGGAUUUCAAAAGAGAUUCAGAGACAGCAGGCACUAAAGAAUCAGAGCUCCAGUACCAUUUGCACUGUUUCCUGAAGCUUGCUUCACAAGGACUCAUCAGCUGCAACAUGGGAGAAGUCACUAGAAAUACAGAGUGUUUGCCCCUGGGUGACCUCCCACUCUCGUUGGGACCCUCAUGAGCCAGGCCAUGCUGUCCCACUAUUUUCCAGGAAGCUCUAGGACAGCAGUGGGGUUAUGGUGAGGUGGUGCUGUGCCCUGCCAUGUCAGUGUCCCACAAAGGAGGUGGCCCAUACCCUGAGCACACCCACCCAGCCAGGAUGCAUCCCUAGGGGCACAGGGAGCUUCACUCUCAGAGGAGGCAGAGCGGGGCCUCCACCCCACAGCACCACAGCUCCUGCUGCCCACUUGUCUCCAGUAGUCCCCAAGGAUGGAGGCAGUCACGGGGCCCCCACGCUUCCCAGCAGCCAGCGCAGCACUUCCCUUUGCUCUUGCCUUCACCCAGGUCAGGUGUCUGUGGAUCAGCCUCCUCCUGGCAGCCCCCACGCAGCCCCCGAGAGCCAGGCCUUUCCUUCACGGGGUACACCAUGCCACAUAAGUGUCUACAGAAAGGCUUGGCCACUGACCCUUGGAGCACCUGAGCACCCAGGUGACGAGCCACAACUCUGACAUGGCAUAACCCCCAAUCUCUGCCAAUUCUCAAAUCACUCACCUUGGGACAGGAGGCCCCAGCUGAGUAAGACCACUUUCCCUCUCCCAUGUGAAAAUAUGUCACAGUUGAGACCAUUUAUUUUGGUAAAAUUAGUCACAGAAUGAUGGAAUUGCCUAAAGUUGGAAUGUACCACGGAGCCACCACCAAGAUUUUUUUUUCCUGGAGAGGGUUUAGAACUCAUCCUUGCUGUUUCUUAUUCCAUCUCUUGGAAAAAAAAAAAAGAAAAUGUUGGUUUUGGAUGUGUAAAAAUCUAGGGACAUUCAAUCUAGUCUUUUAAAUUAUUUAUUUUUCCAUAUUUAUAUUUUUAAAUAAAUGCAUAUAUUGAACCUCAAACUCUUUGGCCAAAAAGAAUCUAUAUGCAUACUCUAUUCUUACAGUGUUCUUAUUUUAAGACUAUAAAAUUCAAAGGAAAAAUGUUUGGCCUCAACCAUUAAUGGCUGACCACACACCCUUGUCUGAUUCUGCUGUUGAAGCCUGGCGCUCCCAUUGCAAUGGCUCAGAGCUCAGCAGUCACUGGAAAAGGGUCUUUCUAGGGAGAAGUGAAUACGUCAGACUUGUGUGAACCUUGGUGAGAUUAUGAAUAAUUCCAAUGACUAAUAUGUCAGACUUUUAUUAGCAUCGGCUUCCCAAAUGUGGAAGCAAUACACACCCAACCUGUUGAUAAAAAGGGGAAUUCCAUUAGCCAGAGGUUCCAGCCAGCCCCAUAGAACAACGUAGACGGCUGUGUAAGAUUUUGUUCAAAUGAAUCAAUUGAAAGUCUCUCUGGGGCAGCGCCUGUGGCUCAAAGCAGUAGGGCACUGGCCCCGUAUGCCAGAGGUGGCAGGUUCAAACCCAGCCCCGGCCAAAAAACUGCAAAAAAAAAAAAAAAAAAAAAGAAAGUCUCUCUGUUACUAAGAUUUUUGUGGUAAUGGGACUUGAAAUGAGCACGACUUCAUGCAUUCUUUUUAGCAUUUUCUCUGACCCAAACCAUAGAAAAUAGAGUUUAGUCUGACACUGGAGCCCUUGUUCAGCUUGUUACUAAGAGCUUCGAGUCUUUGGAGGAUCUCCACAUGUGUCCAGCCAGACCGUGGUUCCAAAGUCAAGCAAUUUGGCUGAGUAGAUGUUAGAUUUUAGGUGAAUGGAAUUUCCCUUGCGAAGUUAAAAGAAGAUGAAGUUGGCCAAUAUCAAUGGAAAAUAAGCUUCAUAAAGAGCUGUGAA